AUGAGCUAUAUCGGUUUUAAUAGACAUUAUAUUAAUUUUAUUUAUUAUUUAUUAUUAAUUUUUCUAUUGAUUAAUUUAUCAUUUAAUUCUUUAAUAACUAUUCAUGAAAUCAAUCAAGUUAUUUUUCUUAAUCCACAAACGAAUAUAACAUUAAUUCGAUGUCCGUUAAAUCAUAAACAUGAAUAUAAGAUUCAAUGGUAUGAUGUAAUUAAUAAUCGAUAUGAAAAUGUUCAUGAAGAAUAUUAUCGUAUCUAUGGUUUACAACCAUAUGAUCGAGAAUUUAUUUGUUCAAGUAUUUCACAAACAGGAAUUGAAACAAAUGAAAAAUAUAAAAUUAAACUUCGGAUUUUUGACCGUCCAUUACCUAUUCGACAUAUUUCUAUUAAACGAAGAACAAAUACAAGUCUAACUCUUCAAUGGAAAGAUGAUAGUUACAAUCGAAAUGCUAAUAUAACUUAUUAUGAUUUAAUUUUAAAACUUAAUAAUACAAUUCAAUUUCGUAUUUUCGUUAAUCAUACACAAUUAUCUUAUACAUUUUCAUCUUUAUAUUCAAAUACAUUUUAUUCAAUUGAUAUAUCAGCAGUAGAUAUUUGGAAACGUCAUAGUCAAAAGGUAACAAUAACAACAAGAACAUUAUCAUCAAAGAAAAAUGAAAAUAUCUCAUCUCAUCAACUAAUUGAUCGUCAUUUACUUGAUGAAUCAAUAUCAUGUUAUCGUCUUAAUCAUCAAUUAUUAUUAAUUGAAUUUAAUCGUUCAAAAUUUUUAAUGCAAAAUCUUAUUUAUAAUUUAACUAUAUAUAAUGAUGAAGAUCAUAUAGUUUUAAGUGAUAAUCUUUAUUCAUCAAAACAACAAUUACCUAUAAUUAAAACAUUAAAUUCAUUUAUUUAUAAUAUAAGAAAUAAAAAUUUAAGAUGUAAAAUAAAAUUAAUUGUAUCAACAAUACAAUUAGAAUUUCUUGGAACAACUUAUAAAUAUUGUGAAGAUUUUUAUCCUAUUUAUUCACCAUUAACUUGUUCAAUUAAAUUAAUUAAUCAACAUAAAUCUCAUUUAAUGAUAAAUAUACAUUUACAUAAUAAUCAUAAACAAAUAAUGACUCUUAAACCAAAUUAUAUAUUCUAUCAAAAAAAUCAAAAUCAGCUCAUGAAAAAAAAUAUUUAUGAUAUUCAGAAAUAUGUCACUGCUGAUAUCUUUGAUGUAAAAGAAAAUUAUUCUAUUAUGGUGGAAAAUAAUCUCAUUGGUAGUAAUAAAAGUGAGAAAUUAAAUAUUUCAAUUUUGUGUUCGAUUAAUCGAUUAGCACCUAUCAAUCGAAAUAAUCGAAUAUCAAACAGUAUUAUUAUCAGUCUUAUUGUAUUAAGUAUUAUUUUAACCGCUUUAGUAUUUGUUAUUGCUUAUCAAAGAGGUUUAAUGUCUACUUGUUAUCGUGUAUUACUUCAUCAUAUAAAUUCACUUCGUAAAAAUCAUCAUCCAAGACCAUGUUUUGUACAAAUUAAUAAUUCUACGAAUGAAAAUGUUGAAAAAAAUGUUGAUAUAAAUUAUGAGGAAUUUGAUACAAUAUCAAUUCCAAUUAAUCAAUUUCCAGCGUAUGUGAAAAAUAUGCAUAAAAAUAAUGAUUUUGGUUUUAUUCGAUUAUUUGAAAAUAUUUGUGAUUUAUCAAAAACGUAUAAUUUUUCUGCUGAUAUAUCACAAUUUGAACAUAAUCAAUGUAAAAAUCGUUAUAUAAAUAUAUUAACAUAUGAUCAUUCACGUGUAAAAUUAUCCUCGGAUGAGAACGAUGGAAAAGAAAAUUAUAUUAAUGCAAAUUAUGUUGAUGGAUUCCACAAAACUAAUGCAUAUAUUGCAACACAAGGACCUAUGAUGAAUACCAUAAAUGAUUUUUGGAGAAUGAUUUGGGAAAAAAAUGUUAGAGUAUUAGUAAUGAUUACUAAUGUAAAAGAAUGUGGAAGAAUCAAAUGCGAUGUUUAUUGGCCAUUAGAUGAUACUGAAACAUAUGGAACUAUUCAAGUAACUCUAAUCAAUACGAUUUCUCUUGCAUAUUAUGUUAAAAGAAUAUUUUCAAUUCGAUGUGAAACAAAUCAAAAGCUCAUCAAUUCUGAACGUUUUGUUUAUCAAUUUCAUUUUACUGAUUGGCCUGAUCAUGGUGUACCCUUAUUUACAUUACCUGUUCUUUCAUUUAUACGUCAUUCAUCAUCUUGUAAUACAGAAACAGAUGGACCAAUAGUUGUUCAUUGUUCUGCCGGUGUUGGUCGUACAGGAACUUAUAUAGUAAUUGAUACAAUGUUAAAAAAACUAAAUGAACAACAAUCUAUAAAUAUACCUUCUUUUUUAAAACAUAUUCGACAACAACGAAAUUUUCUUGUUCAAACUGAAGAACAAUUUAUUUUUAUAUAUGAUGUUCUUUUUGAAGCUGCACAAUUAUCUAUUAUUGGUUAUAAUAAUUUAGAAUUAAAUAAAAAUAAUAUUGAUUAUAUAAUAAAAACAUUAAAUACUUAUGAUAAAGAUUCAAAUUUAACACGAAUAGAAAAACAAUUUCAAUUAAUUAUAGAACAAAUAAAAGCAAAACAUCAACAAGUAUCAGUUGGACAUUUGGAAGAAAAUUUAGCAAAAAAUAGAACACAAGCUAUUUUACCAUUAAAUUUAUGUCGUGUUAUACUUUCCACAGAUAGAAAGCAAACAAGUGGAAGCUAUAUUAAUGCAUCAUAUAUUCACGGUUAUUAUUGUGCGGAUCAAUUUAUCAUUACUCAACAUCCAAUGAUGAAUACAAUAGUUGAUUUUUGGCAGAUGAUAUGGAAUACUAAUGCAACUAUCAUUGUUUCUUUAUAUGCCGAUGAAAAAUUACAAUUUGAUGUACCUGAUUUUUGGCCAUUAGUAAAUCAAAUAAUGAAUUGUGGAGAUUUCAUUGUUUGUUUGACUAAUGAACGUUUUGAAUAUGAAUAUAUUUAUCGAGAUUUCUCACUUCAAUCUAUCCAGGAAAACUAUGAAUUAAAAGUAAAAUUAGUUUCAUGUACUUAUUGGCCAGAAACAUGUUCACCGAUUAAAACUUCAUUUAAUCUUAUAAAUACAAUAAGAAAUUUUAAAUCUAAGGGACCUAUUGUUGUACAUGACUUCUUUGGUGGUCAUCGUGCUGCAACAUUUUGCGCAUUGUAUACAAUGAGUGAACAAAUAGAAAUUGAAGGUAUAUUAAAUGUAUAUGAAUUAGCAAAAUUUUAUUAUUUAAAACGACCUGGAAUUUGGCGCCAUCAUGGUGAUUUAUUACAUUUAUAUCGUUGUGCAGAAAUUCUUUUUCAUGAAUAUAAAUUAUCUAAUUAUAAUCAUCGAUGUUUAUCUACUCUUCCAUUAUAA